AUGGUUCCGUUCGUAAAUACAACGGGCGAAGGCGUUUUCCUCAAAGGAGGUGGUAUAAACUUUAUGGGCAAAAGAGCCAAUGUCCUGCCCAACUGGGAGACGCCUCUCAAGCUCUACACUCCAGUGAGCAGCAACGUGUCAGUACCUCUUCAACAUGUCCAAGACACCGAGAUCAUUUUGUUUGCCAAGAAAUACAACUUGAGUCUCGAGAUCAUGGGGUCUGAGGAAGAUAAGCUCGGUGGCCCUGAUGAUCAGACACCUGACAUUCGCCUCACCUCCGAGUUGUCAACCCGCACUGAAGACUUAACAAAUUUAAAUCCGUUUGACCUUUAUUCGUUAAUGGUGAUGGUUCCCUGCAGCAGAAGGAGAUCGGUUCAUGAGAUCUUCGCACAGUUGAAUUUGCAGUCGUGGGCUCAGUACAUCUUACCAGUCUAUGUCGCCUUUGUGGCUGUGGAAACCUUUAUACUGGUUGUCAACCAGCGAAUAUACGGACAUGCCUACCACGUUUCCCUGCUGAAUCCGCUUAUGAAUCUCCGAGCCUUCAGGGGAAUUCUGGGCCUGUCAUUUCCCACGGGCCGCAGAACCAGCCCUUCGCUCCGUCAGCUCUUUCUGUCCAUCAGCGUUUUCGGCGUGGUCUUCAGUAACUACUUCAGCUGCAAGUUGAGUGCUGUCCUCACAAUGAACUCACCCCAUCCGCAGGUGGAAAACUUUAAGGAUCUGAGGGAAAGCGGCUUGCCCACUGUGGUCUCCCAUAUCACUAGGGACUACAUUACAAGAGAGGUGGACAUCAAUUUUUUCAACCGAACCAUACCCAACACAUUGUCUGUGGACAAGAUGGAUCACGUGAUAAUGACGCUCUCCCUAAACGACUCCUAUGCCUACAUUAUCUCAAGUGAGAACUGGAACUUUAUAAAGAACUAUCAGCAUGCUUUCAACCGGAAGGUUUUCUGCAUUUCGAAUGACCUGGUAAUCACCCACGGAGUACCGAAAAAAUAUGUCCUAGGCAACAACUCCCUAUUCGACUGGCCGCUUUCGAAAUUUUUGUUAAAGGUCCAAGAAGCCGGAAUCGCAACACAUUGGAUAAAGGAGUCGCCUUACCUUAUCCGAAAUGAUCUUAAUCUUACCGUACGUCCGAAUCGCGAAUUUGGGAAUGUUCCAAUAUCCGUAGUCGAUCUUAAGUGGCUUUGGUUUGUUCUUGGAUUUGGCUACGGAUUAUCCACUCUUGUCUUUAUCAUAGAGCUAUCAAUGAGACGUCGAGAAACUAAAAACAAGACCCCAAAAACAAGGCAAGACGAUUCCUUGGCAUAA